CUUAUCUGUUUAAUUUUCCACCAGAUAUUGGAACAAUCAUGCAUGUCUCAGAAUUAACCCCACUGCGAGGAUCUGUUUCAUGGACAGGAAAACCAGUUUCAUAUUAUUUACAUGUUAUUGAUCGAACUAAGUUGGAACGCUACUUCCAGAAGCUAAAGAAUCCCAGGACUCGGGUACGCGAAAAGAGGGAUGCCAAUGUGGCUAUGCUGACGGACAAGUCCAACUCAAACAGCGGUUUUAUAUCAUCUAAUUGCAACUCAGACUCCAAUUCAAAUACUGACCUUCCAGCAAAUGGAAUAAGAGCAACUCGAAACGCUAAGCGGGAGGCUGUCAAUCAGAUGAGUGUGGAUGAUUCUGAUUCAUCUGAUUCUGAGGCAGAAAAUGCACGCAAAGUGUGGGCUUCUUAUCCAAAUGGCCAUAGUAGUGGUAGUGAUGAAGAAAACAACAAUGCAUCAUCUGGUCGCGGAAGACAGACUAAAAAGAAGAUUGGUAGAAAGCUACCAGGUAGACCUAGCAAAGGAGCCGCUGCUGGACCAUCUUUUCCUGCUCCAACUCAACGUGCUCCGGUUCGAAAGGCAGCUAAGGGGCGAGUGAAGAAAGGAAAACCAAAGAAAGCCAUUAAAAUAACUGGUCUGGAUCUUCUUCACAGCCAGACUUUACUGAGUACUUCCCCUCAAGCUGCUGGCAAAAAAUUGCCUCCUGCUCGAGGUUGUGUAGAUCAGCAGUUAACAAGCCUUGCUGUGAUUGGACCGACUUUAGUACAUGAAGAACUGGAGAUUCCCUCUGCGCCAGCAGAUACUCCUUAUGCACUUCAGAUUCUACUAGAUUUGAUUAGAACUCAGUAUAUGAUGGCCAUGGAUAAUAUGAAGAAGCCUAGUUAUCGCCUCCAAGUUCAAGAGCAAAUCGAUCAAGAAAAGGAAAAGAAUGAUAUUUUGAAGAGUCGCGCUGCUCAACUAGAGAAGCAGAUAAAAGUUCUCAUAGAUGACAGUGUGGUACUUCUUAAGGCUCGAAUGACUGAGCUAGACAUCAAUGCCACCUCGCCUGUAGAUCUACUAGCUAAAGCAAAGGAGAUUGUUAUGCGACACAAAGAUCUUCAAGCAAAGGCAGCACGUCUUCAAAACCAGGUGACUACACUUGAGCAAGACCAGGUCAAAUUGGCCUGUGCUCGUCAUCACGACGUCCAUGACUCUAACAAGAAGAGUGGCACCAAGUAUAUUCCUCCACCACUGGCUAAUGGGGCCCCGUCUCAGCAGCUGGAGGUGGUUCAGGAGCACAUUCUGCGUGAGAUCUCUGCCACUCUCAGCUACCGCAAGAAGCUCAAGAGCAAGGUUUCAAAACUGGAGGCAGAACUAGGUCCGGCUGUUCCUCCCCAAUCUGAUUUAAUCAGUCAACCACCAUUAGUAUCACCUGGUGGUAAGAGGAAGUCAAGAGAUGUAAGAACAAGAUCUCAGGAUUGGCCUGAUGUUCCUCAUGUAGGCCGUAUCCAAGAGCAAAAUCCUGAAAUUUUGGCCCAGAAGAUACUUGAAACAGGUCGGCAGAUAGAACAAGGCAAAAUACGGGAGACCACUCCUUCACAAAUUCUCCAUCCAGCUCAUACACAACCUGUAAUGCCGGCUCAUUUGCCCACUCAUACUCCUGGUCAGCCUACAGCACACCCAACAGGCUUGCCUCAUGCUAUUAGUGAUAAUUUGAGUCCAGUUCAAGCCAAGUAUCCACCGCAAAUUGACAACAGUCCUCCAAAUGCUGCACACGCUGUCACCCAGUUGGGUGCAAAUGACUACCGCAACUCUCCGUACCCACCAAUGUCGAGUGCAUCUGGAAAAGGUCACAGUUUAGAUUCUUACCAGCAGGCACAUGCCCAUGCCCAAGCUCAGGCCCACGCCCAGGCUCAGGCUCAUGCACAGGCUCAAGCUCAGGCUGCUCAGGCUGCUCAGGACCGAGUUCAGGCUCAGGCCCAGGCCCAGGCUCAGGCCAGAGCUCAAGCUCAAGCCCAAGCGCAAGCCCAAGCGCAAGCACAAGCUCAGGCUCAAGCUCAGGCGCAGGCUCAAGCCCAAGCCCAAGCCCAAGCCCAAGCUCUGGCACAAGAACAAGCAAGAGUGAGAGCUGCUAUGCAACAGAGACCAGAACUUCCCAAAGUUCAGCAUAGGGCCCCUCCUCCCCGUGACAACAAACCCGUCAGUUUUACAGGGAGCCGGGUACAAGAGCCUCCAAAGGUGGUAAACUUUGAAGAUCGUUUGAAGAGUAUAAUUACAAGUGUCCUGAAUGAAGAUCGGCAAAACCACAAGCAAAUGCAAUUACAAAAUGGAGUGACACCCUCACCUCAGGCGCAACAGCAAUCACAGACCAGUCCACAACAACAGAUGCAGCAGAAGCUACAGCAGCAGAUGCUGUCAGAUCAUCAGCAAAGAAUGCAACAUUCAUCAAUGCCAACACAGCAGCAUCCAACUCAUGUCCAUCAGCAACUUUUAGCGCAACAACAAUCAAUAAUGCAGCACCCUAAUCAUUCGUCUUCCAGUUCUCAAGGGUCUUUCCCUGGCCCAAGUGGGUAUUAUUACAAUGGAAGCGGAGGUACAGGGCAAAGUACCAGUGGUCCUUCAUCCUCUUUGGACCACCCUGGUCAUCUGACUGUUCCUAGUCACCCGCACCCUCAAAGUGCAUCUCCUUCUCUUGCACCUGUCAAAGCACCCCCAAGGAAAUCCAAUACUCCUUCGUCAAGUCAACAGAUAUGUCCCCCUCUGGGGCCUCCUCAGCCUCCACGCAGUGUGUCAGUGCUUCAGCAGCAAGGGCAAGCUCAGCAGUCUUCUCACAGUGCUCAGCCAGAUUAUACUCAGGUGUCCCCAGCCAAGUUGGCUCUGAGAAGACACCUCUCUCAAGAAAGACUGGCGGCAGCUUCGGCCGAGCAUUCUCAAGGCCACGAUGGUAAAAGUGCCAUUGCAAUGCGUAGCAUUGGUGAUCUUGUUUCUGGGGAAAUCGAGCGCACAUUGGAGAUUUCCAAUCAGACAAUAAUUGAUGCUGCUGUGGACAUGAGUGCAUUCCCAAGUGCCUCUCAAGCUCCUCGUCCUAAUACAACCUCUGCACCCACAUCCACCCCACACUCUGUUGUCAACGCCAACAUCCCGCCACGUCCAGAAAGGGUCAGCAUUCGCCCUGAUUCACAUGGAAUGAGGAUGGUCCGAAUGGUUGAGGAUACGAGUAACGUGGGUGGAAGUGAAAGCCCCUACCCUCCCAGACUCGAAGGACCAGGCCAAAGUUCGGAUGCUGGGACUGGGCCGCCCCUGGAAGGCUUGGCCUACCCUCAGCACCGGCCCAAGUCCCCGCCACACGCCAAUAUGCACCAUGGACUGGCCACGCUGGCGCACGUGGCAUUCAACCGCAACCCCAUCCACUACCCCAGCCAGCAGGCGGCGUCCUCCGCUCAGUCGCAGUCCCAGUCGCAGAGCCAAGCUCAGGCUCGUCACCGUCCUCCAAGCGCGCCCUACACCCCGGUGCAGCUUCCGCGUGCAGAUAUCAAGCCGUAUCACGAGUCGUACUUUACUGACUCGAAGCCCCCGCUGUCAAGUGCCAAGGCUCCCUCGCGCAGUGAGUCUACACCAAGUGCGGACUUUGCUCCAGUUGAAGGCUUGGCCGCCACCCUGCAUGCGCGUAUCCUCAAUGGGCAAGAGCUAGGCAGUUCUGCUACAUCUGGCCCAUCAACAUCAACUAUCAAGGAAGAGGCUGAUGAAAGCUCCCAUACAUUAAUGGCUGCUGACAGUUCAAGACUCCCUCAUGAGCCAUCACCUGAUCUAGAUCCUGAAAGAACACGGUCUGCAGAUGGGCAUCUAGAAGAUAAGCCUCAAUCAUGUAGUGCUGAUUCAAGUAUAAAAAUGGAAGGCACAUUGAAUGGUCCAACAAGUGAUCGGACAUCUAAUCGCCCUGAUAGACCUCCAAGUAAAAGAUCAUCUCCUCUCAUACAUGGACCUUCAAGACCAUUUAAAAAGCAAUGCCUUGAUGCUGCAGAACAUGAUGGAGAAAAUGCAGGACUGUCAUUACCAAUAUCACCAAGAAGUAGUCACCCAGCCCACCCUAGUUCCUCUCACCUGCCAAACUCUGUUGAUGAUCGCUCUCCUGACGAUGGUGAAAUGGAUGACGGCCGAGGAGAAUGGAAGGACAAGAUCAGUUCCCAGUUUGACCGCCUGGUAGCAUUUGCUUCCACAGAACUGGAUAAAAGGAGAAGAAGUACGGAAGGUGCCUCUCCUCGUGCAGGGGAGACAACAGCAAGCUGUAAUACCAGUCCUGACAGCGGUAUAGGCCAUGGUGAACCCUUACCUCCAGCAUUAAGUAAGAUGCCUAGACUCUUUAAAACACCACCAGCAAAGGCAUCACCUGAAAGGGAUUCACCGCCAGUAUUAGAGGCGCCACAUACAGCUGACAGAGCCGGUGUUGCCAGGACUCCGUCACCUUCAUCACCUGUUCCUAAUGCGCCCUUCAGCCCUGCCCCAUUAGACGGUCCAUAUAGCCCAGUAAAUGCAACUUUACCUGGUCAUGGAAAAGACAGACAAGCUUCAUCUAGCGCUACAUCUGUGCCUUUGAAGUAUCAACGAAGUGAGUCCUUAUCAUCUCAACAUUUUAAGAAAAAAUUCUUCCAGCACAGAGAAUCAUGGAAUCCCUCUAGUUCAGCUUCUCCAUCAAAUAAUGGACACAGUUCUACUCAUAACUCUGCAUCCAACAAUUCCAAUGCUUGGCAUCAUAAAGGGAAAUUCCGUCCUAAGGGUAAGGAUUGGGAGUGGCAUGGGGGUAGUAGUAAUGAAGAGCAGUCAUAUCGUGAACGAGAUCCAAGAGACCAGAGGGAUCAGAGAGAUCAGAGACCAGAGAGAGAAAGAGAUCAUAGAGAUCAUAGACGUGAUCAUAGAGACCAUAGAUCCUAUCACCAGAGUUUACCUCGUUAUCGUUCUUGGGACAAUUAUCAUGAAAAUGAUAACCAUCCACAAGGUAAUUUUUAAUAUUGUCAAGGUAGUUCCCAAAAUUGAAAUUUCUUUGAUGUGAUCGUGGUGGCCAAGCCAAGUUCAGUACUCAAGUUUAGCUUGUUAUUUUAUGAAAAUCACAAUGAAUGUGGUUUGCAGUCUGCCUAGCAGUACUCUGCAGCCCAGUUCCUUAUUCAACACUAGCUGCUUAGAGAAAAUCUAUUAUCUAUCUCUGUUUCCUCAUAGAUAAUUUUUUUAGCUAAACUUAGAGCUUAUAUCCAAUGGUAGUCUAAUAUCUGCUCGAGUGUUAUCUGUUGAUAACACCCAGCAGUGAUUGUUAGUGUGUACUCACAUGUAGUGUACUGUUGAUUCAUUUUACAGUAUUUAUCUGUUUCUUACUGUACAUUUCAUGGAGUACACUGAGUUGAAAGGAGCUUUCUGUGUAACCAUCAGAUGUGCUGUGGCCUCUCUUGUAAUUGAUUGAUUAAUUGAUUAUUUAUUAAUGAUAAUUUAAAGAAAAGUAAAGACUUACCUAUUUUAGCCAUUUAAUUGUUGUUUUUUUGGCAGGUACAGGUUAGGCUGCCUUUACUUGCUCGUAUUUCUAAUUAUUAAUCCUCAUAAGGGAGUUUAUUUAUUUUUGUUAGCCUUUCAUUGUACAUAAUUAGAUUCAUUUUUAAGUGAAACUAUUGUAAAUAAGUAGCUCUUACAUAUAUGAGUGUGCAGUUCUGUAAAUAUUGCAUGUAACAUAAUGUAAAUGAUGAUGACUGUACAUAAUACUGUAUAUUCUCUUUUGAUCAUUGUUGAAAGUUUUUGUCAUAUAUGACAAUGGGUUUGUUAUUAAACUGUUUUUGAAACAAUUUAAGAUAUGCAGCUUUGUUUGCAAUCAGUUCUUUCUUUCUUUGUGGAAAAGGUUGGCCUAAUAUACCUCAAUCAUUGAGUACUUUAUCUGCAUUUGUGAGAUAUUGAAUCACUGCCAUUUUUAUCUAUCAUUUCUUUAUGUAGACUACUGUAUUACAUUUUCUGCCAUGCCUUGAAAUGAAAUUCUGCAGAGGAAACUUUGAUUGGUUAGGAAUUACAUUGUAGCUCUAGGAUGCAGCAAAGGUCCCUGGUCUUAGUGUCUAUCUUUCAAAUUCAAUCAUCGGUGCUUCAAACUUUGCAAACAUGUAGUGUGAGCUAUUUUAAAUUUUUAGUGGAUUUUAGGACAACUUUUUUUCCUUUUUUCCGGGACUUCCUUGUAACAGCUGUAUUUGAACCUUUUUUGUUUGCAUUUCUUCCUGUUACAAUAUGUUGCCUGUUUGAAAGGAAACAGUAUUUGGUUCUUAACCAUACUAUAACUUAUUUGCGUAUUGACAUUUCAUUCGUGAUAACCACAGUUUUUAAUUAUUAGCUUGCUUAGUCAAAACAUAAAUUCCAAUAAUUUUACCACAGAAGUUUCAAUUGUAAAAUUUUGGCAUAUCUUAAUAAAGUUAUCUCCAGCUAGUAUGGCAUGUAUCAUUUUUCCACUGCAAUUACUUAAUGAUAUAUUAUCUGCUCACCACUGAAUUGCUCAUUUUGAAACCCCUCAAUAUUGAACUCCCUAUGAAGUUUCGGACUGUGUAGUAUAGAGCAAUAUGCAUAAUGCAUAUUACUUUACACUUGUACUUCUAAUAAUUUUGCACUCUACUUAUUCUCCAUAGUAGCUAAAAUGUACUGAAAACUAGAAAAACUUUAAGGUUUAGUAUGUUUAAUUUUAAAUGUAUUUGAUAGUGCUUGUAAUCUAUCAACCUUGUAUCUCUGCUGUUUGCACAUAUCACCUACACCAGGUGAUCUCACUGGGGAAAACUUGCAUUUUGUUAAUCAAUUUUAAUUAUCUUUUAUCAGAGAAAAAAAAACUAUGUGGACACAACUUACUGAAAGGGAAGAAUUGUUUGCAAAAAUUAUUUGAAUACAGUGUACAUGCAAACCAUAGAAACAUUAUCAUGUUCAACAUGUUCCCCUAUUGUGUUGUUGGGGGAAGGCAUGGGAAGUUAUGUUUAUGAAACAGAUUUUAGUUCCUUUGAUUUUGUAUCACUAAAUAAUAAUUGACAGAGGAUAAGCUGCUGAUUUAGCAAUUGUUAAUUCCAUUCUUCUAUUUAUUUGUACAUUUGUUAUAUGAGAUUGUUUUAUUUGUUUUGUGCAAUCCAAGUACAAAGUUGGUAUUAAUUCAAUGUUGUGGCUCAAAUCAAUCAUCCACCACCAAUCUCUCCUAUCACUCUUAGUUCUUUAUUAUCAUUUGUGUUCAGAAGCUUCUUCAAUAGUUUACAUUCAACCUGUCAAGUAAGUGUGACCUUUAACUCGGUGUUGAAAUCAUUUAAUUUAACUUAGACCCUUUUUCUAUGAGGGAAUGUUAGAUUUCUUUGUUUGCAUUAGAUGCACUUGACUGCUGUGAAGCUAGUUAUCACAACAAUAAUAAAAUAUUUUGGGGUGGCCGCACUUCUAAGGUAUAUCAUUGUAGUGUCUCACUGAUGCUACAAGCCAAGUUUCAAACCAAAGAUAGAAUAUUGUUCCGUUUACUUCUUGAAAUCCAGUCUAACAUUCAUCUCUUCCGAUUUGAAAUUAAUUCUCAAGUAAAUUUUUAGGCAAGGCGCUCUAAUUAAAAUAAAGUUUUCAUUUCUUUUGGUCUAAUACAAGUCAAUGUUUAGAAAACUUGCUUUCAAUUCUUUUGUUAUGUGGCCCCCCUUAACAUGUUGUGUCUUCUCAUUUUUAUCAGCCGUCAGUGGAAUUAUCUUAAACUGCCAAGGAUUGUUCGGUUUAAUGCUAUCUAUCUGUCAUUGUUACACUUGGUUUUGAUCACUAUAUAAUGUGGCUAACUUGACACACUGCCAUCUGUUGGGAGGAAGGCCGACUGAGCAGCAAAGUAAAGUUGUUGUGUAUUGUUACUGUUUUAGUGUUACCUCUUUUCUUGAUCACGGAUCGCUGCCUGUUAUAGUUUAUGGUUUAUGUUUAAUUUAAGGUACCUGUUAACAUGUUCCCUCUUUUUUUAAAUUUUUACUUUCAAAUUUUAUGUCUUUGAUUUACCCUUGUAUGUUCAGCUAUCUUGGAUCUCACUGACAGUAUUGCAGUCUGUUACCAUGCUGCUGACCUCCAAAUUUUGAAGUCUUAUAACCUGCCAAAUGUUUGUAAAUGUGUAAUAAAGAAAAUCGAAUAGCAAAUA